UGCACCUUCCUGCCACCCCGGGCAGUGUCUGGGCCCUCCGCUCCCCCUCCCUCCACCUGCCCCUUCCACCCACCACCACCAGCCCACUGGAGCCCAGCUCAGGCGGAGGAAAGACCAAGCCUAGAGACAUGGGAGUUCGAGGAGCAUUCCAUCUACUACUUGUGUGCCUGAGCCCAGCUCUGUUGUCUGCUAUAAGGAUCAGCGGGGAUGUCCAGGAGGUCUUGUACCUGGCAGAAGGUGACGGCGUGAGGCUAGGCUGCCCCUUUGUCCUGGAUCCAGAAGAUUAUGGUCCCAGUGGUCUGGGCAUUGAGUGGACGCAAGUCAACUCAGAACCCUCACAUAAGGAGAAUGUGUUUCUUUCUUAUCAAGACAAGAGGAUCAGUCAUGGCAACCUCCCCCAUCUGCAGCAGAGGGUCCGCUUUGCAGCCUCAGACCCUAGCCAGUACGAUGCCUCCAUCAACCUUGUGGACCUGCAGGUAUCUGACACGGCAACCUAUGAGUGCAAGGUGAAGAAGGCCACCAUGGCCACCAGGAAGGUCGUUGUCAUUGUCCAAGAACGUCCUGCGGUGCCCAUGUGUUGGACGGAAGGCCACUUGUCAAAGGGCAACGAUGUGGUGCUGAAGUGUUUUGCCAAUGGAGGCUCUCAGCCCCUCUCCUACAAGUGGGCCAAGAUCAGUGGAUACAGUCACCCCUACCGAGCUGGGUCCUACCACUCACAGCACACUUUCCACUCGGAGCUGUCUUACCAAGAGUCGUUCCACAGCUCCAUCAACAAAGGCCUGAGCAACGGAGACCUGGUGUUGAAGAGUAUCGACUCGGCUGACAACGGGCUGUAUCAGUGCACAGUGGCCAACCAUGUGGGCUAUAGCGUCUGCGUGGUAGAGGUGAAAGUCUCAGACUCCCAACGUGUAGGCAUGAUCGUCGGCUCAGUGCUGGGCUCUUUGCUCGCGCUGGCCUGCCUGGCAGUAGGCAUCUGGGGGCUCAUCUGCUGCUGCUGCGGAGGCGCUGGGGCCGGUGGUGCCCGAGGUGCCUUCGGCUACGGGGUCGGCGGCGGGGUCGGCGGAGGGGCCUGCGGCGGCGACUUGGCUAGUGAGAUCAGAGUGGACGCCGAGGCGCCCGUGUGCAAGGCCAGCGGGCGCGGCAGCCGCGUCACCCACCUCCUGGGGUACCCGACGCAGAACGUCAGCCGCUCCCUGCGCCGCAAGUACGCGCCUCCGCCCUGCGGCGGCCCCGAGGACGUGGCCCUAGUGCCCCGCACCGUCCCCGCUGCCUGCGAAGCGGGUCCCUCCCCUGUCUACAUCAAGGUCAAGAGCGCGGAGCCGACCGACUGCGUCGACUGUGCCCAGGUCGAGCAGCGCUCGUGCAAGGAUGGCCUUUUAGUGUGAGCGCGCAGCACCGGGCUGCGCCCCGGCUGGGAGGCGGUUGGGGGGUGGGGGGCCUCCGCCAGCAGCUGGGGACAGGUUCAGGCCAGCAGACCUGGCUCUCAUCGGCCACCUAGCGGGGGGUAAGGGAGUUUCCCUCUGAGAAGCCAAGCGGGGCAGAGCCUCCUCUCCUGAAGUGGGAGGAGGUGGGGGCGACAGAAGACAGUUCAGAGCUUUCCCAGGGCUCCAGGGAGAAGAAGGGAAGGGAGAGCUGUUGGUAUUCCAGAACCGCAGUGGUACAAGCCAGGUGUCCCCAGCCAAGGCAGAGGGCCCCCCCAGCCCUGGGUAGGUGUAUGUCAGGGCUGAAUUGUUCUGUGUGUGAGAUCUGAGCUCCGAGGCAAGUGUUAGCACAAUAAAGAAGCUUAAAGACUGA